AUGUCGACGAAUUCAUUCGAAAACCACGGUGACCGCGAGGAAAAGGCAUCCAUCUACGCGCUUUCGCAGCCUAUCAUCCCAGAACCCGACGCUCUUCCGAACGAUAUUCGCGAGUUCUUGAGUGAGGUUCUAUCUGUCUCGCGCGGACUCUCUCGCGAACAUGCAAGCACCAUUGCGGACAAGUGGAGGCUUGGCACCGGACGCGAAUUGCGCGACUAUCCUCCGAAGAUGUAUCUCGAGAUCUUCGGUCCGGAGGAGGGAUGGUGUGUGUAUAGAGAAGUCAAGAGCAGACUCCUCAGCCUGAAAAACCAACGUGCAUUACCUCGUGAAAGUCGCGCUCUCUCAACCUACUACCUGAUUCCUGCGUUCUGGUCGUCAUCACGUGCGCUACCUGUGCGGGUGAUGGCUUUUGUGGCAUGCUCUUUAUUUGGUGGUGGCGGCUUGAUCAUGUGCAUGGCGGCCGUGUCAUCACCACCCACUGUUGAUGAGCAGGUCGAGCAGGAGCUUAUGAAGGCGUUCGUGGGAGAAAACACAACUUCCAAGAAGUAG